UGGCUAGCACAGUUUGUAGUGAACAUUCCCCCUAAAUACAGUGGAGUAAUUUUCUGUUCAUCUUUUAUGAUCGCAUUCGCCUGACAGUCUUGUAACUGUGAAGACAGUAGUGUAAAGAAACAAAGUCGACUAUCGUCAAGUUUACGGAAUCCAGGGUAACAAAGGCCUUCAGCAUGCAGAAUGACAGGAUUCUCCAACGCAUUAGCGAUUAUGAAAGAGAUUUGACGCAAACACAAGAUAAUCUGGUGCAAUGUCUUUUCGACGUCAAAGAAAGCGAAAAGAUACUUGAUAGGAAAGAUCCUUUUGAUAUCAUGGGUGACAGUUUCUUUCCUGACAAUAAGAUAAGAAUUAAGGUUUACAAAAAGUCCAUUCAAAGUUUGAUUGAUAUUCUUCAACGAUCAAAGAACUUGGCAAGUAACAAUCAAACACGAUUGGGAAGUAUCAAGGAAUUGGUAAAGAUAUCCCCGAGUUCCUUACCGAUGCUUUUGAUGCACCUGACAAUUAGAAUUGGAAUAACGAUACCAGAAUCUUUCAACAGAUCCAGUAUUCCAUUUGUGGUUUUAGUUCUGGGAAUAUUCCUUGGUAUAGAGGGGGUUUUUAGGGGUGCGGUGUCCAUCCCCGCUUUUGUCUUUUUAGUGGGGAUUCUUAUGACCAUAACAGGUAUAAUACGAGGGUAUGAACGAAAAAUAUGUUUUGAAGAAGGAAAAGAAAUAUGCGACAAGGAAGUUGAGGAUAUUACUAGGGAGGUAUAUAAGCCUCUGGAAGAAAUAUCUGAGCAAUUGAAAACAUGGAUUGAGAAUCAAUCAAGCGUUGUUUCUGUGAAUUCGUUGUACGAAUAUUUUGAAUCUUUUUGGCACUAUCUGGUAUCACUGGCAUCAUAAUGCUAGCUCAUGCAGCAAUAGUUGCCUUGCUUUUCUAGCAUCUCCAAUGCAAGGUCAGAAAUAAAAGUAUGAGAACUGCCAUUGCAUAAUUUUCUUUGCACUUCUACCACCGGAGUUGUGAUUUGUCACUAAUGUUUUAUCACAUUUAAUAAGGAUUAGUCAAUUGUGGUUUUUCCUUUAUUUAACUUGUAUUAAUUUUUUGUAAUUAAAAAGCGUUGCACUUGUCCAUGGAAUACUUUCGCAAAAUUGCUUUAUUUUUUAGUCUAUCUUGGUUCAACUUUCUUAUGAAUUUUGCCAGUUAUAUACGAGUGUUUAGUUUACAACAAGAGAUCGCAUAAGGGCUUUAAUUUGCACGGAAAAUUUUUUUUAAUUCAACUAGAAACGAUGUUCUAGGUUAAGAACAAAGAAAAAAAAGAAAAACUCAAAUAAAUUUGCACUGAUACCUUGCUAUACUUGCGGACUUGCUUAGAUAGGCUAUUGUUGAUAAACAAUACCUUUAAAUAAACAAUACCUUUAAAAGAAACUCAUUAUAUUUUUUAUACGCACUUUAAAUUUUUCAUAUGUCGUAUUUCAAUAACGUAUAUAUUUGUUGAAGCAUGAUAAACUAACGCACAUGUAAUUCGAUAUAUUUUCAUGCAAUAUAACUCUUCGGAA